AAGGAGGGCCUCCACAUACCCCCCCCCCCCCAUAUGGGGUCUGAACUUAGACAAGAGGGUCAGUCAGAGGUCACAUGACCCAGUGCCUAGGCUUGUGGUAGUGUAAAGGGCACGCCCCUCCCAGUCCCCAUUGGCUCCUGCUCUUCUGACAAGGCUGUGUAAAUGUAGAAGUGAUCUGGGAGGAGGACCAAAGGUUCUUUGAUGGGGGAAGAGUGCCAGCUGGUUGGGACCUCCACAGAGAACAUCUCCUCACUCAUAUCUACCUGAUCCAGAUGGAAUCUUGAUGGAAGUGAACUAACCCUCUCAUAUCUAUUGAUGAUGUUUUUCUAUUUUUUCAGGACACGCCAUGGAGAAACCCUCAAAGGAUCGUCUCACUUUAUCUCCAGGUUGUAAAAUGGAAGAUGAGGACAUCACCGGAGAUUGGGGAGGAGAAAAGACAAUGAGCUCCACUAUGGAUGGAGGACUUCACAGUGUGGAUAGACCAUGGAGUCCCUCUGACUCUGAGGAACCUCAUACUGAGGGGGACGGUGCGGGAAUUUCGGGGAAGGAGAAAUUUCCCUGUCCUGAUUGUGGGAAACUUUUUUCACAUGUGUUCAAUCUUUCCAGACAUCAGAGAUUACACAUAGGAGAGAAACCCUAUUCCUGCCCCGAGUGCGGGAAAUGUUUUUCACAAAAGUCCAAUCUUUCCAAACAUCAGAGAUUGCACACGGGGGAGAAACCAUAUUCCUGCCCUGAGUGUGGGAAGUUUUUUUCGCAGAGGACCCAUCUUAACAGACAUCAGAGAUUGCACACGGGCGAGAAGCCAUAUGCCUGCCCCGAGUGCGGAAAGUGCUUCACACAGAAAUCUGUACUUGUUAUACAUCAGAGAUCACACACAGGGGAAAAGCCGUAUUCCUGCCCUGAUUGUGGGAAAUGUUUUUCAGAUAAGCCUAUUCUUUCCAGGCAUCAGAGAUCCCACGCUGGCGAGAAGUCGAACGCCUGUCCCGAGUGCGGGAAAUGUUAUAUGCAUAAAUCAGACCUUGUUAAACAUCAAAAAUCUCACACGGGGGAGAGGCCACAUUCGUGCCUUGAGUGCGGGAAAUGUUAUAUGCAUAAGUCAGAUCUUCUUAAGCAUCAAAGAUCUCACACGGGGGAGAGGCCAUAUUCAUGCCCUGAGUGCGGGAAAAGUUUUUAUGAUAAGCCCAGUUUUUAUAGACAUCAGAGACUGCACACGAGCCAGAAGCCCGAAUGCCUCUCCUGAUCAUUUCCCACAGAAAUCUAAUUUUGUUUUAAAGCAAUGAUCUCACACAGAGGAGAAACCAGUUAUAAACAAUCCCCCAUAAUGACAACAUGAGUUUGAAAUCUUUGAAAAUGUAUAAAAAAAAAAAAAAUCCCAUGUACAUAAGUA